AUGCCUGCUUCUGUUUCCCAAAGAGAAGAACAAAUAGAGAAUGUUUCAAAUAGAACCGUGCGAAUCCAAUGUGAAGAAUGCAAAUCUAACCCCUCAAAGUACAAGUGUCCGGGUUGCUCGAUAAAUUCGUGCAGUCUUCCUUGCGUAAAGGCUCACAAAGUUCGGACCGGGUGUAAUGGCAAGAGGAACCAGACUCUGUUUGUUCCGAUUUCACAGUUUGAUGACAAUAUUUUGUUAUCUGAUUAUAAUUUGCUGGAGGAAGUGAAGAGAGUGGCUGAAGUUGCUUCGAGAACGAGAACGAAGUUAGGUGCGUCUACAUAUUUUAAGCUACCUCGACACCUCAAAAGCCUGCAACAUGCUGCUGGAAGCCGGAGCACAAAACUGUUGUUUCUCCCUAAUGGAAUGUCAAAAAGAGAGAAUAAUCGGUCUCGAUUUGACAAUUGGAACAAGUCUAUACAUUGGACAUUAGAAUGGCGUUUUCACUCAACAAAUAUUGUUUUACACAACCAUGGAGUUCAUGAAAAUUCAAGAUUUGACACCAUUCUAGAGAAGCACCUCGAGCCAGGUCCUUGGAAUCAUCAACUAAAGGAGUUUUGUGACCAGCGAGAUCGUCUCAAGCUCUUCAUUCGUAAAUAUCCAAAGGGUCCCAAGUCACCCUUCAAAGAAUUGGAUAUGAAAGCACCAAUCAGACAACAACUGGAAAAUGUUGUCAUUUUGGAGUAUCCUGUUAUUUUUGUUUUCUUGCCGUCUCACACUAUCAAUUUUGAAGUUAUUAAGAACGUAAUUCCUAGUACACCUAACUCACCGCAGAAAGAUAGUGAAGUUAACCAAAUUCCAGAAGGUGCAUCGUUCCGGGAAGAGGAGAUCGAAGAUGACAGCAACUUUGAUGAUCCUAAGGUUUUUGAUCUUUUGAAGCAUGCAGAAUCAAGUCCAUUACAAAAAGUGCUUACUGAAAAUAUGCUUUCCGAGAAAGCACCAAAUGAUUCAUCAGAUAUACCCGUGUUUGAAGGAGACGUUGAGGGAAACCUUUCGCCCCCAUCUUUCAUAGACACGGAUUUGCAACAAUUGUCUGAAUCUGCGAUGUUUGACUUUGAACAAGAUUUAAUGUAUGAUGAUUCCUAUGAUCUUAUGUACUUGAAUCCCUCAAUCUUCCCAGAUUUUGAUUGUGAAUUUCCAAAGAAAGAUGAAGAAGAAAUAGACGUGUUUGCCGCCAUUGACAAGCUCCAUCAGGCUGAGCAGACAGAGCAAUUGGAGGAAGGGGAAAUUCCCGAUUGA